AUGGAAGCCGUGUGUAAGCUCAGUGGACUGGAUCCAUUAUGGGACUGGAAUCUUACGUGGUACACCGAGCGGCCAGACCUGACCCAGUGCUUCCAGCAGACAGUCCUGGUGUGGGCACCAUGCAUUUACUUAUGGACUUGUUCUCCAUUUUACCUGCUCUACCUGCUGCUCCAUGCACCUGGCCCCCGGCUGCCCCUGUCCUCCUUCUGCUGCGUGAAGACAGCCUUGGCUGUCAUCCUGCUGUGCUGCUGUUUGGUGGAGCUCCUAUACAUUUAUGCUCUAAAAGAAGAGACCCAUCGCAAUGUUGUGUUUCUGCUCGGCCCACUGCUCCACAUCAUCUCACUGGACCUCACCCAGACCCCCAACCAGGCCCUUAACCAGACCUUCACCCAGAUCUCCAACCAGGCGUUCCAGCAGGACUCACAACCAGGCCCUCAACCAGACUCUCAACCAGGCCCACGACCAGGACCCCCAACCAGAAUUCAACCAGGCCUUCAACCAGGCCCUCAUGACCCUGAUGAAGAGUGCUGUGGUUGGCAGGUGCUGGCAGUGUGUGUGAUCCAGGUGGAGCGUCUAAAGGGAGUGUGCUCCUCCAUCUUGCUCUUCUUGUUCUGGCUCCUGACGGUUCUCUGCUCUGUGGUGCCUCUGAAGGUGGCUGUGGAGCAAAUUAUCCACCAAGUAAAGCAGACGCAGAGGCACACGGAUCGUGCUGUGGAUCUUUAUUGUCGGUUACAGCAAUACAGUCAGGUGAAAGGCAGUGUUCAGCAAAAUUCAAAGCAGAGUCUAAGCUUCUCGUCUGACCCGGUCCGCUUCACCGUGCUCUUCUUGGAGGUGUUGCUUCAGUUUGUUCAGAUGCUCCUCAGCUGCUUCUCAGACCCUCCACCCAUGAGCAAAACUCGCCCGGCUUUGAGGAGAUGUCCUGAAGAGAGCGCCUCGUUUCUCUCACAGUUCUUUUUCUUCUGGUUUAGCAGUCUGGUGCUGAAGGGCUGUUGCUGCCCCCUAAAGGCUGUGGACUUGUGGGCUCUGAGGCAUCAGGACACCUCAGCACAGAUCAUGCAGGAGGUGGAGCUGAUGUGGGCCAAAGGACACCAGGAGACUAGGUACGAACACAACGCAGUUUGUGAUAGUCUUCUGUGCAGUGCUGGACUUGAGGCCUGUGGAGGUCUCUCAGAGAAGAGUCGCCUCCUCCAGCCUGAGGAGCAGAGGCAGAACCUGAGCUGGCUCCUCCUGAGGACCACAGGGCGGAGCUUCGGACUGUACUUCCUGUGUGGGACUGUGUGCCUGCUGCUCCAUGACGUCGCCAUGUUCACCGUGCCCCAAGUGCUCAGUCUGUUACUGGAGUUCAUGCACGACUCUUCCUCCCCGGUGUGGAAGGGCAUCCUGUUUGCCGUGCUCCUCUUCCUCCUCUCGUGCGUCCAGUCUCUGCUCUUUCAUCAGUACAUGUACCACUGCUUCACUGUGGGCAUGAGGCUCAAGACUGCACUCACCGGCCUCCUCUACAGGAAGUGCCUGGUGAUGAGCAGUGGAGCACGUAGACAGUGUGCUGCUGGGGAGGUCAUCUCUCUGGUGUCUGCAGAUGUCCAGAAGCUCAUGGACCUAGUGGUCUACAUCAACAGUAUCUGGACUGCUCCGCUGGAGAUCGCACUCUGUUUCUACUUUCUCUGCCUGUUGCUGGGUCCCUCGGCUCUUGCUGGACUCUCUGUGGUUCUUCUGCUCUUUCCUCUGAAUGGUUUCAUCACCACUGUGCGCACUAAACUACAGGAGGUCCAGCUGAGUUUCAUGGAUGGCCGCAUUAAGGCGAUGACAGAGAUGGUGUCUGGAAUGAAGAUCCUGAAGUUCUAUGCCUGGGAGGAGGUGUUCCAGAGGCAGGUGGAGGCUCUGAGAGAGGGAGAACUGAGCGCGCUCAGACGCUCCCAGAUCCUUUACUGUGUGUCUCUGGCCUCCUUCACCUCCUCGUCCUUCCUGGUGAUGCUCACUGUGUUUGGAGUCUAUGUUCUGAUGGACCAGAGGAACGUUCUGGACGCUCAGAAGAUCUUUGUGUCUGCUGCUCUCAUCAACAUCCUGAAGACUCCACUGAGCCAGCUCUUGUUCGCCAUCAGUACAGCGGCACAGGCUUUGGUUUCUCUCAAACGUAUCACCAACUUCCUGCAACAAGACAAGGUGAAAGAGGACAGUGUGCGCAGGCUGGCCUACAGUGCAGACUGUGCCCUGUCUAUCCUCUCUACAGACGCUCCAGCUGUAGAGGUGCAUGCUGGGUACUUCUCCUGGUCCACAGACUCCCCUCCUUCUCUGAGCAGUAUAAAUGUGAUGGUGGAGCAGGGGGCCCUGGUGGCCGUGGUGGGACCGGUGGGCUCGGGGAAGUCCUCUUUACUGGCAGCCGUCCUGGGGGAGAUGGAGAGGAGGAGUGGCUCUCUCAGCACCCGAGGCUCGGUGGCCUUAGUCCCUCAACAGGCCUGGACCCUGAAUGCCUCGGUGAAGGAGAACAUCCUGUUUGGAGCUCCUCGCUCAGAGGGCUGGUAUCACCGUGUGCUGGAGGCCUGUGCUCUGCUGCCCGACCUGGACCUGCUGCCUGCUGGAGACAGCUCUGAGAUCGGAGAGAAGGGCGUGAACCUGUCUGGGGGGCAAAGGCAGAGAAUCAGCCUGGCCCGGGCCGUCUACAGGAAGUCCGACAUCUACCUUCUGGACGACCCUCUGUCAGCUGUGGACGCUCACGUGGGACAGCACAUCUUUGAUCGAGUCAUUGGACCCAACGGGCUGCUCCGGGACAAGACCCGGAUCCUGGUGACCCACGGGGCGAGCCUGCUGCCCCAGUGUGACGUGGUGCUGGUGCUGGAGGAGGGACACAUCUCUGAGAGUGGCUCUUUCUCUCAGCUCAUGGAGAGGCAAGGCGCCUUUGCCAAGUUCAUCCAGAUGUUUGGCGUCAGACCACAGAAAACAGACGUCCAAGCCCGUGAACGAGGCAGCAGAAGAACCAGGUCCAGGUCUUUGUCUCGUCUAAGUAUGACUGAGUUCUCCACUGACCUGUCCCAGGAACAGCAGCUUCUCAGCUGUGACCUGAGCAGUGCCAGCACACAGCCCCUCCUGGACUUUGCCCCAGAGGAUCCUGGGAAACUGACCGAGAUGGACAGACCUCACACUGGACGGGUGCGCCUGCAGACAUAUAAGGAGUACUUUGAGACCAUUGGGCUGGCCUUCCUCCUGCUCAUCGUGCUGCUGUAUGCGUUCCAGCAGGGAGCAUCUCUGAGCUUUAAUUACUGGCUGAGCAUGUGGGCAGAUGACCCUCCAGUGAACGGGUCCCAAACUGACCAUGACCUGCGGCUGGGAGUGUUCGCCACGCUGGGGCUGAUGCAGGGUUUAGCCAUGUUUGCCACCACCUUGGCCAUCUCUUUAGGGGGCAUAACCGCAUCCAGACAUCUCCAUGGUGAUCUGCUCCAGAACGUUCUGCGCUCUCCCAUGGUGUUCUUCGAGAGCACCCCGAGCGGGAGCCUUCUGAACCGCUUCUCCAAAGAGAUCGACGCCAUUGACUGCAUGAUCCCCGACGGCCUGAAGAUGAUGCUCGGCUACCUGCUCAAACUGCUGGAGGUGUGCAUCAUCGUGCUGCUGGCCACGCCCCUCAUCGGACUGGUGCUCCUCCCAUUGGCUGUGCUUUAUGUCCUCUUCCAGAGGUUCUAUGUGGUCUGCUCCUGUCAGCUGAGGCGUUUGGAGGCGGUCAGUCGAUCUCCCAUCUACACUCACUUGAACCAGAGUGUCCAGGGCGCAGUGGUCAUCAGAGCCUUCAGAGAGCAAGAGCGUUUCAUCCAGUCAGCCAACCAGCACAUUGACACCAACCAGGAGGCGUACUACCCCCGCUUUGUGGCUACAAGAUGGCUGGCGGUGAACCUGGAGUUUCUGGGGAACGUCCUGGUCUUAGCGUCCGCUCUCUUCUCGGUGCUUGGGAGACAUGAGCUGAGUUCUGGAAUAGUGGGGCUCGCCAUUUCCCAUUCCUUGCAGGUGACAGGUGUGCUUAGCUGGAUCGUCCGCUCAUGGACAGAUGUGGAAAACAACAUUGUGUCCGUGGAGAGGGUGAAGGAGUACGCCCACACCCCCAAAGAGGCCCCCUGGAGGUCUGAGCUUGGGGCCCUCUCUCCGCUGUGGCCCUCCUCUGGUUCCAUCAGCUUUGAGGACUUUGGACUACAGUAUCGCCAAGGCUUAGACUGGGCCCUCAAAGACAUCGACUUCCACAUCCAGGAUGGAGAGAAGAUCGGGAUCGUUGGUCGGACUGGAGCUGGGAAGUCCUCUUUAGCUCUGGGAUUGUUCAGGAUCCUGGAGGCAGCGAACGGGAGGAUCUGCAUCGACGGAACUGACAUCUCCCUCAUCGGCCUCCACGAUCUAAGGUCCAGAUUAACCAUCAUCCCCCAGGACCCCGUGCUUUUCUCUGGGACCGUCCGUAUGAACCUGGACCCCUACGAGACCUGCUCUGACUCUGCUCUGUGGGACGUCCUGCAGCUGUCCCACCUCACCACCUUUGUGUCCAACCUCCCCAACAAGCUGAACCAUAUGUGCAGCGAAGGAGGAGAGGACCUCAGUGUGGGUCAGAGACAGCUACUGUGUCUGGCCCGGGCCCUGCUGAGGAAGAGCCGUGUGCUCGUGCUGGACGAGGCCACAGCAGCAGUGGACCUGGAGACUGACCGGCUCAUCCAGUCCACCAUCCGCACACACUUCAGGGAGUGCACUGUCUUGACCAUCGCCCAUCGACUCAACACUAUACUGGACUACAGCAGGGUGGUGGUGAUGGACCAGGGCUCAGUUGUGGAAAUGGCUCCCCCUGCAGUUCUCCUCCAGCAGCGUGGACACUUCUACAGGAUGUGUGUAGAGGCCGGCUUGGUUUAG